AUGAUGGAUUAUCGUUGCGGGCUGGUUCAUGUCGUUUCUUUGUCCUACUUAUUCACUGAUAGUCUAAGGGGCAAUCCGAGCUACGCUAUGGCUGCAUGGGGAGAGUCUCUGCUCUCGCUGUCGAAGCGGUGGCUCAGCACCCAGCUCCACAGCACCGACGACGAAGAAUUUCAGAAUGUACAGCUGCCCAAAUUGCCGGUGCCAGAUCUGCAGAUGACCAUGGACAGCUACUUGGAGUUCGCCUCCGUAGUCGUGAGUCAUCAGCAACUGGAACACUCCAAGGGAUUGGUUCGAGGGUUUAUGGAAGAGUUGGGCCCACAGCUUCAGGAAUCACUGCUGGAUAGGCAAAAGGAGAUGGAGAAUUGGGUGACUGAGUGGUGGUUGGAUGACAUGUACUUGAAGGUACGACUGCCUUUGCCGAUCAACUCGAACCCAGGGAUGGUGUUCCCUCGUCGCCACUUCGUCAAGAUGGAGGAGGUUGCUGACCUUGGAGCCUUGUUCAUCGAUGAUCUGCUUGACUACAAAGAAAUGUUGGACAGAGGUGAGCUUCCUCUGGAGAGGGCCACGAGUCGCGAGAAAGGCCAGCCACUAUGCAUGGAGCAGUUCUACAAGCUGCUGGGAGUCUGUCGCGUUCCAGAAGUGGGGAGGGACCGUCUCGAAAUGCCACGAGCGGGAGACGGAAUCGAGGAGACAGAGGAACUGAUUGUGGUCGCGUGCAGGAACUAUUUCUAUCCGAUCCCAGUAAAGGCAGUUGACCGCGGAAGGCUGACUCCAGGUGAAAUCCAAGCUCAGCUAUUACACGCCUUGGUGGAUGCGGCUGGUGCUCCUCCAGCGCCCAGAGUCGGACUUCUCACCAGUAUGAAUAGAGACCACUGGGCUAGAGCCAGAGAGCAACUUAUUAAAGACGAGAACAACCGCACUAACUUGGAGUUGAUCUCGCGCGCUCUCUGCAUACUGUGCCUCGACGAGGCGGGGGGAGAUCGGGCUGAUGCUGAUGCCGACACUAACGCGAUGCUGAGGGCCAUGCAUGGAGCGGGCACCAAACACCACUCCGCUAAUAGGUGGUUCGACAAAACGGUGCAGCUGAUCAUAUCAUCCGAUGGCACCGUGGGCAUGUGCUACGAGCACAGUGCUGCAGAAGGAGUGGCAGUUAUCAGGUUGGCUGAACGAGCCCUCGCCCGCGCUGAAGUCGCUGACAGACCUGCCCCCCCACCGGCGCUGCUGCCGGCUCCUCAGAGUAUGAGAUGGAAGAUCACCCCGGACGUACACAGGAGCAUUGAUCAAGCUGCUAGGGAGUUGGAUCGUGCCAUAUCUGAUUUGGACUUCAAAGUUUACACGUACCGCGGCUACGGGCGGGAGUUCAUGAAGUCCUGUCGCACCAGCCCUGACGUCUACAUCCAGCUGGCGCUGCAGUAUGCUUACUACAAGAUGUACGGGUACCUGGUGUCUACAUACGAGUCAGCUUCACUGCGGCGGUUCCGUCACGGGCGCGUGGACAACAUCCGGUCCGCCCACAGCGCCGCGGACGCGUGGGCGGCCGCCAUGUGUGCCGCCGAGACUCCGCCACUCAACGACAGCAGCGACGAUGGACAGAAGAAAGUCUCCUUCAAUUUAUAUGGGGUUGGUUGCGAACAAAAGAAGCUAGAACUAUUCGAAGAAGCGGCCCGUAAGCAGACUUCUAUCAUGGAAGCCAACAUUCUUGGCAAAGGCAUCGACAACCACCUGCUGGGACUCCGCGAGGCGGCUCGCGAGACUCUGGGUGAACUGCCCCAGAUCUUCACUGAUGAAACUUACAAGCAAAUGAUGCAGUUCAAGCUCAGUACUAGUCAGGUGGCCACCACAACAGAAGGUACAUUUAUGGGCUACGGAGCGGUAGUCCCUGAUGGCUACGGCUGCAGCUACAACCCUAAGAAAGAUUGCGUCAUCUUCUGUAUUUCCUCGUUCAGCUCAUCGAGCGUCACUAACACAGAAGCCUUCCGCCAGUCCUUAGAAGAAGCCUUAGAUUCAAUGAAGCUAAUGUUUCAGGCCAAGGUCGAAGAAAAAGCUUAA